GUACAAAUUCAUCCUUUGAUUCUUGUCAAACUGGGUGCUUAUUGACGAUUUGGGAUCUCGCUUGUCAAGGUUCAGCAUGUUUGUGCAUCGACUUGGUUCAUUACGCUUCUUGCGACGAUUACCAACCAUUCCAAGUGUACGGUUUCUGUCCACGGACGUGCUGCCUUAUCCCCGAAUCCAUACACCCGUCAUGCUGGAGGAGGUCAUGUCACAAUUGGCACCUCACACAGGUGGUGUUUACUGUGAUUUGACAUUUGGAGAAGGAGGAUAUACCAAAGCUAUUUUGGACGCUUGUGAUUGCAAAGUUGUGGCGGUGGAUCAGGAUCCGGUUGCUUACGAAAAAGCGCUGCAAUUAGCUGAUAUGGCACCUUACAGAAAUCGUUUAUUCCCGGUAUUAGGCCGAUUCGGACAAGUGCAAGACCUCGUGAAACGUGAAUUGGACUGGAGUAUGCCAUGUUUUGAUGGCGUGGUGAUGGAUAUUGGUGUUUCCAGUGGUCAGAUCGAAACCGCUUCACGAGGCUUCUCUUAUAAACUCGAUGGUCCGUUGGAUAUGCGCAUGUUUUCUCGCGGCCGCGAAGCUUGGACGGAGCAGCCGUACGAGAAUGAAUCCUAUUUAAUGCAUAAAUCCAUUUCUGCCUUUGAAAUCGUCAACUUUUUUCCACGGGAACAGUUGGCCGAUAUUAUCUAUCAGUAUGGCGGUGAUCGAGCCUCGCGUAAGAUUGCCAAUGCCAUUGUAACUGCAAGACAAAGGGCUCCCAUUGAGACGACGGCCAGUCUUGCGACAAUCAUUCAAAAAGCAUGUCCGCAGCCUCAGUGGAAGCGCGGCGAUGAUAAUAUGCUGAGGAAUUCGGCGGCGCGUACUUUCCAAGCUUUGCGUAUCUACAUUAAUGAUGAAGUAAGCAGUCCUUGCACUACUAUGACGGAAGAUUUUCUCGCGACUGAUCCAUGGUAUCGAUAGCUCGGUGAAUUGAAACGAGCGCUGGAUGCGAGUCAAAGAGUGCUCAAACCGGAAGGAAGAUUGGUGGCCGUCACGUUUCAUUCACUGGAAGAUCGGAUUGUCAAGAAUUUCUUUCAACAUUGUGCUGGCAAGCGGUCGUUUGCCGAAAGUGAGCAAGCAGAAAAAACACGAGUGGCGAUUCGCCAACAUCGAAGAGCGCUUUAUGAAGGACGCCAAGAUUAU